AUGGCCAUCUUGCAGCAUAUGUGCUCUCAGGAUGACCCUGACCAUGAAGAGAGGAGGCCAAGGCCCGCAAGGAUCGUAAAGACCAGGCCAAGUACGAAAGGGAAAGAGCCUGCUGUGGAGCACGCCAGCGGAAACGAGCCAGAACCCAGCCAGCAACUCAAGACGGCCGACUCAAAGUCCAUCGGGGAGCUCUUCUCACCGACGCGGCCGACACUGGGGGCUCGGCUGUCCUCUUGGUCGAUCCGGCAGAGGGCUCAAACGUCCACUGCCGAAGCGAUUCCAGACACGUCCAAUAACAGGCUCCUCCGCAGCCGAUCCUCCCAACCCUUACGCCCUGCGACCCCGGCACACGAUCUGGGGUCUCCACCGGCGGCGAGGCCUACUCUGCGGACUCGCUUCUCUGAAUGGUCCCUCCAUCAGAGGGCUGGGGAAGGCCUUGCGGUCUUGCAAAGGGUCUCUCCGUCUUACCAGGCUUUCUUUCCAACCGGGAGACUGGUUGUGGGAUAA